CCUCACAUCUGGAGCGAAGCGGGAGGUGGACGCCCUGGCGCCCUGCUAGAGGCGCCAGAAGCCCCUGAGGGAGGCGCGCGCCUGCCGGAAGCCGCGCCCCCGACGCGGCCCACAGCCCGAGGCGCCGGAAGUGGUCGCGGUCGCGCUGCUUCCGGUCGGCGGGAGGCGCUCUGGGCGGGGGCCGCGGGGGAGGCGAGUUGCCGACUGGCCGAGGGCCGGCACCUAUGGCGGAGGGCGGCGGGCGGGCCGGACCUGGGCUCGCAGCCUGUGCAGUGAAACUGUGGGAUAACUACAGUGGAGGAUAACUACCGAAGGAGCAUUGGCAUGGGGGCCCAAGGGGUCCUUGAUGCCUGCCUGUUGGCUGUGGCAUGAGCUCGAGUGACCCAUGCGUUUGUGAACCCCCACUGCGCUGCCCACCUGCCUGUGGCCUUUGUGUCUUACCUCUGCCAUUGAACUAUCAAAUCUUGGAGUGUAAGGAGACGUACGCAUCACCCCUGUUGUCCUAUGGCCCAGCCUUGUAUACAGUAGGUACUCAAAAGAGAUUUGAUUUGAUAUAAAAAGCAACUUCGGCAUUGGAGAGAGUCCACCAGUAGGACAGCUGGCGCGGUGGGGACUUGAAUGAAGGCCGUCUGAGUUCAUGCUCUUUUCUUAUGCCCCUCUCUGUGCAAUUAUGUUUAUAAAGAGAUAUUUUGGGCUCCAGUGUGAGGUGAAGAACUCAGUUACAGUUGACCCUUGACAACACAGGGCGUGGGGGUUGCCAAAGCCCUGCACAGUCAAAAAUCCCCAUAAAACUUUACAGUUGGUCUUCCAUGUUCAAGGUUCUGCAUCUAAGAAUUCAGCCAGGGACUUCCCUGGUGGCUCAGUGGUUAAGAAUCCGCCUGCCAAUGCAGGGGACACAUGUUCGAGCCUGGUCCGGGAAGAUCCCACAUGCUGCGGAACAACUAAGCCCGUGUGCCACAACUACUGAGCCUGCGCUCUAGAGCCCGUGAGCCACAACUACCGAGCCCACGUGCCACAACUACUGAAGCCCGCGUGCCUAGAGCCUGUGCUCUGCAACAAGAGAAGCCACCGCAGUGAGAGGCCUGCGCACAGCAACGAAGAGUAGCCCCCGCUAGCCGCAACUAGAGAAAGCCCGUGCAGCAACAAAGACCCAAUGCAGCCAAAAAUAAAUAAAAUAAAAAAUUAAAAAAAAAAGAAUUCAGCCAACUGCGGAUUGUGUAGUGUAGUAUGUAUUUAGUGAGAAAAAUCCAUGUGUGAGUGGACCCACAUAGCUCAGACCAUGCUCUUCAAGGAUCAGCUGUAGGUAUCUAAUUGUACAAAUUUGUUGACUGCUGAACAACUUGGGGGUUGAUCUGCAUGUAACUUCUAGUCGGUCCUCUGCAUCUGAGGUUCCUAGGCAUCUGUGGAUUCAACCAACCACAGACUGUGCAGUAUUGUGCUGUUUACUGUUGAAAAUAUCUACGUGUAAGUGGACCCCUGCAGAUGAAACCUGCGUUGUUCAGUGAUCAAUGGUACUUGUUCUAGUCCAUUCAGGAUGUAAUAACAGAACAGACUGGAUGGCUUAUAAACAACAGAAAUUUAUUUCUCACAGCUCUGGUGGUUGGAAGGUCCAAGACUAAGGCACUGGCAGGUUGGAUGUCUGGUCCGAAUCUGAAGGAGUGGCUGAGGGAGCAGUUUUGUGACCAUCCGCUGGAGCACUGUGAGGACACGAGGCUCCACGAUGCAGCCUACGUGGGGGACCUCCAGACCCUCCGGAGCCUGCUGCAGGAGGAGAGCUACCGGAGCCGCAUCAACGAGAAGUCUGUGUGGUGCUGCGGCUGGCUGCCCUGCACACCACUGCGCAUCGCGGCCACUGCAGGCCACGGGAACUGCGUGGACUUCCUGAUCCGGAAGGGGGCUGAGGUGGACCUGGUAGACGUGAAGGGACAGACGGCCCUGUACGUGGCCGUGGUGAACGGGCACCUGGAGAGCGCCCAGAUCCUUCUGGAAGCCGGCGCCGACCCCAAUGGAAGCCGGCACCACCGCAGCACCCCUGUCUACCACGCCUCCCGGGUGGGCAGGGCAGACAUCCUGAAGGCCCUCAUCAGGUACGGGGCCGAUGUCGAUGUCAACCACCACCUGACUCCUGACGUCCAGCCGCCUUUCUCCCGGCGGCUCACCUCCUUGGUGGUCUGCCCCCUGUACAUCAGCGCAGCCUACCACAACCUCCAGUGCUUCAAGCUGCUCCUGCAGGCUGGGGCAAACCCGGACUUCAACUGCAAUGGUCCCGUCAAUACGCAGGGCUUCUACAGGGGCUCCCCCGGGUGCGUCAUGGAUGCCGUCCUGCGUCACGGCUGUGAGGCGGCCUUCGUUAGCCUGCUUGUGGAGUUCGGAGCCAACCUGAACCUGGUGAAGUGGGAAUCCUUGGGCCCAGAGUCGAGAGGCAGAAGGAAGGUAGACCCUGAGGCUCUGCAGGUCUUUAAAGAGGCCAGAAGUGUCCCCAGGACCUUGCUCAAUCUGUGCCGCGUGGCCGUGAGAAGAGCGCUUGGCAAAUACCGACUCCAUCUGAUUCCCUCGCUGCCUCUGCCAGACCCCAUAAAAAAGUUCCUGCUGUAUGAGCAGAACUCACGGGCAGCGGCUGACUGCAGUGAGGAGGAAGCCAUCUCCAGAGCCAGUCGACACCGGUUCCUGCCCCUGUGACCACGUCCUGUGCUGCUGCCUAAACCCCACCUGGCUGCUGGUGAAGCGGAAUCAGCCUUGUCCUCAUGGAUUGUAUCCCAUCUCAGGUGCUUGGGGCGUCGGACAGUCCUUAGGUCGGUAUCAGCCGAAAGGCUCGUACAAAAUUAAUUUUGUUCUUCCUCAGUGUCUGUGUUUUGGAAAUUAAUGAAAUGGGCCUCGAAAUGUGAGCAAGUUCGGGCUGAGCUUGGAGGCCUGCUGACUUCCCCAGGAGGGGGAACUAGCACCGUGCAGGGCUGUGCUGCUGCGUUUGCCUCUCAGCUUGAUUAACGCGAAAUGAAAAGGAGUCUUGCUAUAAAAGUACAGAGAUGCACUUCCUGAACUUACUAGUUUGUUUCCCCUGCUGCUGGGGUAGACGUGUGACAUUUAUCAUGCGCACCCCGUUUCCUUGCCGCUUCACUGUUCUCUCCUUGUGGCGGAGGCGCCAUAUUAAUUGUCUUCAUUCAAGGAUGGUUUCCUGGCCACAUGGAUGGGCUUUACUGUCUCAAAGUCAAUACUUGCAUUUGUUCACAGCCUCUUUAGGUAACGCUCAGAGUUCUGCAGCGCUGCACCUGUCUGAUACCCACCUGUGCCUAGCAUCAUGCCAACAGGUCUCAUGAGUUCUCUGCCAUUUCACUUUGGGGAGCUUCCAGACAGUUGAUUGAUUUUAGGAGGCCAAUGCUGAAAUAGCCAGUAAUUGACUGCCUACAUUCGGACCAAGGACUGUCCAACAGCAUUCACUGCCAGUUCUAAAAGAGGAAGAUGCCUGCGGCGCUGUCUUCUCGUCCCUGCACAUACCAGAAAGUGCAAACUUUAGUCAUCUUCUGGAGGGUUCUAAGCUUUCAGUUGCUUUGUGUUCAGUGGACAAAACAUCUGCUCUUUGGUUGAUUGAUCUUCACUUUUCUGGACCUAAUGUCUUGGUAGUUGCUCCUAGAACCAAAGAAAGGGGAUAGCAGUGAGGUCAGAGGGCUUCCCCUGGCCUGCUGGGGGUGGUGAGAAGUGAGAGGAAUGAGCUGGCUUGUCACCUGACGGACGGCUCGGCUGUGGGCAGGGCUCACUCACACCUGGGCUGCGUGGCCAGGUGUGUGGCCAUGUCGGCACAGGUGGGCCAGAGGCUGCUUCUUUGGAGCAUCCAGGUGCUGCUGUUUCCAGGGAAAUCACAUCUGGUAAUUUGAGGCCUCAGGGCCAUUGUGUGGAUCUAUGGUGAUUCUGACCUUUAGAAGUGUUUAGAAACGGGCAGAUUUCAAAUCUGAGUUUGGAUUUUCUGCAAUAAGAGAAAUCUAAUUUGUAACAAUUGAACUAAUGAUAGGGAUUUAUUUAAUUAUUAGCGUCAUUAUGUGUCUUCACCGACCAGACAGGCAGUGUCUGGCCAUUGUCUUCUGUGGCUCGAGGAUGGAAUUCUGAACGCCACCUCCUGUGUCAUGGAUGGACGUGUGUUGGAAAGCCAGGCUGGCCCGUAUAUGUACGUAUGAGGUCUGAGGGGGGGCCGUCGAUGAUUUGGGGGGGCCAGCGUAGCCGCUGGAGGCUUCACCUCAUUACAGGCGGUGGCCAAGGCGUAAGUGUUGGAUGGCGUCUGAGGCCCGAGCCCGGGCUGUGUGCUGCUCCUCAGGACGGGGAGCCUGCUUGGCUGGUCGCAUUCAGAGCUCGGAGUCAGGAGAGGCUUCCUGAGAGGAGAGGCGCUGCGGGUGGGCGGCCGACGUGGCCCUUUGCAGCCGGAGCUGAGUGCUGCAGGGCUUCAACCCCGGGCCGGGGAUCAGCUGCGUUCCUGUGGCACGUGUGGUGGGACCACACCCGAGCUGGGCUGCGGCUGGGCCAGGAGCUGCGGGGAGCUGGGGCUCUGCCUGCACUUAGGGAAGGGUUGUGUGGAAGCUCGAGCCACCCAGAGGUGGGCUGGGCCGCUGGAGGGGGCUUCGUGUCACUGGGGGUGUGUCAGCGCUGGCUUGUCACCUCCGUGGUCGGGCUGAGAGAGGUGUAUCAGGAGUGGUUAGCUCCCCUUACUUUUUUUUUUUUAAGAAGAUGUUGGGGGUAGGAGUUUAUUAAUUAAUUAAUUUAUUUUUGCUGUGUUGGGUCUUCGUUUCUGUGCGAGGGCUUUCUCUAGUUGUGGCAAGCGGGGGCCACUCUUCAUCGCGGUGCGCGGGCCUCUCACUAUCGCGGCCUCUCUUGUUGCGGAGCACAGGCUCCAGACGCGCAGGCUCAGUAGUUGUGGCUCACGGGCCUAGCCUCUCCGCGGCAUGUGGGAUCCUCCCAGACCAGGGCUCGAACCCCUGUCCCCUGCAUUAGCAGGCAGAUUCUCAACCACUGCGCCACCAGGGAAGCCCCUCCCCUUACUUUUAAGCUCUUGCAGCUGCCCUUUGGCUCGGGGUCCCUGCGGGUGAGCCUUGCUGCAGGCUUGCAGGACAUUCUGAGUUUGACCUGCUUGGUGUUUUCUUCAGGGGUCUGUUAGGGACAGAGCCUCCCCAGCCCGGCCCUGGGUAGGAGGGUGUCUCUGUUCUCAGACCUUCUGGAAAGCCGCAUCUGGGAAUGCUGCCAGUGCAGGGGUCCCAGCCAUGCCGGUGCGACCUUGGGGCUGCACCAGCGGAGUGGGCGUCAGCCUCCUUUGCAGGUGAAGUGAGUGCAGGGCUUGCUUCUGGGGGUUGGAACCAUUUUUCUGGGAUCUCUCUGGAAGGAGUGGACUGAGUCGACGCUCAUUGUUGGGCCUGGCCCAGAGCUGGCCGGGGAGGCAGUGGGACUGGGGAGAGGUUGAGCUGGGGAGUGGGGCCCCCGAGCAUGGUGUGCUCAGGGCCGGUCCGCAGGGGCCAGGGCCUCAGCUCUUCCUUUGCAGAGACAGGUUGGCUUUCUCUUUGUGCAGCCAACUUUUAGAGAUUUUUUCACAAUCCCAGCAACUUCGAGGUUCAGGCUCUAGUUUGACAUUUCACAGCUGCCAAACCUGAAUCUGAGCAUAACGUAGAUAGCUGCUUACGGCCGUUCCUGCUUGUUUUGAGUGGCGCUUUGCUAAAGCUCCCUUUCUCUUUUGCUGGCAGCGAUAGGAUCCAGAAUAGGCAAGAGUCACCCUCUCCAUCAGAGCACUUUACAAAAUCAUGUUUCUGAGCCCUGGGGCCCCAGCCCCACACAGCCAGGAAGUGUGGUGGUACUUGAUGAGGCGGCGGCCCCAGAGCCCUCCGCAGGGAGGGGCACGAUGCACCGAUGGGAAGGAGCCCGAGGUCCCCCCAGCCUGGUCCCGGCAGUGUCCUGCUGUUGUCCCUGCUGGGGCGCCUGCCGGCCACUGAACGGAGUCCUGUGCCUGGGCCUUGGCUGCUGCGGACGGGCGGGGGGCGGGGGGGGGGGCGGGCGGGGUGUGGUGGAGGCAGCGCUGACACCUCUGAGAACCUCUGAGAAUUCAGCUGUGGCAUCCUGGGUGGCGUUUCUGCAUGUAUUUCCAGAACCAUCAGUGUCAUACAUAUCUGUGCCUUUUCAUAUUACUUAUGCUAUUUAUGUAUUUAUUUACUUAUGUAUGCCCUACCUUGUUCCAGAAAAGGGUUUAAGGCAGUGAUGCUUAUUUUUUGAUGUUCUCUUUUAACAUUUGAUAAGUUGUAGUCAACAUGCGCUUGUUGUUAAACAGGUAGUUUUAAAAAAGGAAAGGACAAUUAGCAGUUUCCUGAUGUUGAAUAUGUUUCUGUUAUCAGGCCUGAGUGCCAUCAUUUUAAUUUUUUCCUCUUGCUUCCAUGAAUUGAUUCUUCAAAUAAAAGGUCCACGCGUAAAUAGAAAGAGAGGAACUUGCAGCCAAGGUCAGGCUGAGCAAAGGAAAAUCGGCCCUAGAGAGAAGCGCUCUCCUGUGCUUGCUGCCUCCUGCCUGGCCUUGAGCAGGUCCUGUUCCCAGGGAGGCUGCUCUCUUACACGGGCCGGGUCUGGCCGUGCCUUUCCCAUGGAGCUUUUGGGAGGGCAUGUGAGAGAAUGUAUGUGAAAGCACUUUGCACUUAAGCCAUGCCUGCGACGUGUACACUGCUGUCCUUGUGAGUGUGGUCCCUCUUCUCAGUGGAUGGGUCUUCGAGGCCAUGAUGGUUCUGGGACAGCCUGUGAUCUUGGUGGUCGGCUGGGCUUGUGCCCCAGGGGGCAGCAAGAGUCACGGCGCCCACGGCAUAGGCCUCCUGUGCAGGUCGAAGUACAAGGACACAUGUUAAAUAAUAUAGGAAGUCAAGUUCAUUCAAUUUAAAGGGUUGUCUUUUAUUCUAAGAUUACGUCCUUCCUAAUUUGGGUGAUAAAAUGUCCUCUUAUAUAAUGAAGGUGAUACUAGAGGGCAAUAUUUUCAUUUUAAAAUGCUCUUGGUUGCAGAAUAAAACGUCAGCUGCCCUUUUGUCAAAGCACAGAAUUUCUUAUUGAGUUUGCCUGUCUCUGAAAUCCAGCGUCGGGGACCCGCAGUCUCGCUACCGUGUAUGUUUACGUGCCGAGGAAUUUCUCUCGGAGUCUUGAAACAGCCUGUACGUGGUUGAAGGAGAGCCCAGCGUCUGCUCUGCCUGGUAGUCCAAGAACAAGCCCUGAGAUCACUGUGUGAGCUGUUAGGAAGUGCGUGCUUGUGUCCUGCCCACGGCAGAGCAACGACCCUGGGGUGAUGGGCCUCUGGCCUCCCCGAAUCCCCUAAGAGACACUCUCGGGAGGUUCGUGUGGUCUCCUUAGCGAGGCUGCCCCUGACCUCAGGCCUGGGCACCUGAGGCAUCCCCGAGCGCUGGCGCUGGCGCUGGUGGUGAGCCUUCUGGCGCCGGGGCUGCCGGCUUCUGCUUGUGCCCCUCUCAGCCGCCUGCCACUCAGCGGCCAGUCCCGAGUGGUCUGGAUUCCCCGCCAGCUUGGAAGUGCCUCAUCUGGCCCCAUGACCUCUCUCUCCUCGCUCGCUUAUGCCUCACUUCCCUCCUCAUCCCCCGCCCCCAGCCUGACUCUCUUGAUGUGGAAUAAAAUAACUGAUGUGCCCACAUGAGUGGUUAGUGGGAUCAUGUCCUAGGAGAAUUCCACGGGGGGGACGUGCAGAGUUUGAAGUGCAGUGACGUGCGGAAUAUAUGCUAUAAAUUCUAGGAAGACAGUCGGAUGGAAAAGAGAGGCGGGGGGAAGGGUGACUUCUGUUGCCUUAACUUGUAAUCGCUCAGUGUCUGGAAUGCAUGGGGAGCUUUUCUUUUUUAAGUUGCUUGAUUCCAGAUCUCUCCCAAGUGACGUAUGCGUGUGCACCCAUGCAGUUUAGUGUGGUAUUUGUGGGCACGGCUCUCCUGUGUAUAACAUCAGUUUGCUGCUGUGAUUUAGCCAGCAGUGCCCCUGCUCCGCCCCGCGUGUUGGCAUAGCUCCCGCUGCUUCUGUCUGGUGUCGGGCACGUGAGGUGUGACACGCGCUGGGGCCCGUGUGCCUGCAGGCGUGCGGAAGGGGAGUGCUGACCGCCAGCCCUCAGCCUCUCCUUCCUCCUCUGGUCAUGACUGCGUGCUUGCCCGCAGCAGCUGGGACCUGACUGUUCUUUGCACCUGUGCCUGGUUAAGAGCUUUCAGAAAUACAAUGGACAUCUUUGAUAUGUUAUUGUAACUUUAGUAAAUGCUUUAUUCCCCUUUAAUUCCCCCCAAUGCCUUAACUUAGUGCACUGUUUAUCUCAUUGGAUAGAAGAAUUGACCAUGUGAAAUCUUUGUACAUGAACUUCCGGUAGAAGAAGCUGGCUCUCUGGAGAGUUCCUAAUUCGCAGAGAAGGGCUUAGCUAACACAGGAGUUUUAAACUGCUCUGGGGGACCCUGGCGCUCUAGGGAGGCACCCAAAAUGUUGCCCAGGUUUAAACUGAUGGAUGAGCCUGUUUUACUUGGUGGGGUUUCUAGUGUGAAGAGAGUGUGCUCCUAAAAGUGUGUGAAACACAUGGCUUUCAAUCAGGGUGACACUGUCCCUACAGUGCUCUGUCGGGUGGGGAGGUGGUGGAGACUGCGGGCCCCUGUUCUUUGUGACUUAGUUUGAAAGUGGGAUGGUGAGGUGUGAAGCUUUGGGAAUGAAUGAACUAAAUAAAGCAUUUAUUCAUCUCUCA